AUGGAGAAAUUGGAAGCUCUCGCUCACGCCACAGCGAUGCUUGCAUCAGUGUUUCCCUCUGUCAGUGACAGUGAGUUUCGCCUGUCGAACCUUUGGAUGGAAUGUCAUAUGCUGCUUCCUCAAGUUCAGGCUGUCCUUUCCAGGUGUAAUGCCGCUGAUCUAGAUAUCCCAAGCGACUUCAUACCUGUUAUGUGUGCAUGCGGGCGAUAUUUGCUUGAGCGACGUUCUUUCGACGAUGCAGAAAGCAUGUUUAUCGCCGCCAAACAAGCCUGUAAAGCACAUGGACUCCAGAAUUGGGAACAGGCGCAGUUUGUUCAGCGAAGCCUAGCUGGAAUCAUACUAGAGAGCUCUGUCUUCCGCUGUGACGAGGCUAUCAAUAUCUUGCAAGAUGUUGUGGAUCACUACCAAAAGUCUCGAGACCCAAACGACCCAGUUCUUGGUGUUACCUACUCUGAUCUCGCACAAGCAUUCACGGCUCGGGGUGAUUUUGAUCAAGGUAUCAGCCUCUGUGAGAAAGCUUUGGACAUUGUAACGAAAAUUGAAGAUAAAGGCAAACGUCGAGACACUCUAUUUCAUGUUCACCACAACAUGGGCCGUAUCUACGAGAUGAAGGGAAUUCCCGAUGAAGCGCUCCGUCUACAUUUGUUUGAGGGAGACCCUCACGGUAACGGAUUACGCCAGGAACAAAGCGUUUAUGGGGCGUGGAAUCUCUACGCUGUUGGAAAUUGUUUACAACUUCAGAAGGAUCCGCGCGCGAUAGAGACUCACGCCAAGGCCCUUCAGAUCAGAGAAGACCUGCUUGGCGAUCAUUACUUUACUGCAAUGUCUUAUCAUAAGCUUGGUGAACUAUAUUUGGAGGGGCAAUCAUUUCAUGAAGCAAGCGAUGCGUUUGAGAAAGCCCAUGAUAUCCUAGAGAUUCCAUCAGCCAAGACAAAGGCAGAGCUAGCAAGGACUGCCUGGUACUGGAGCAGCGCAAAGGAAGGCAUGCAUGAUGUAUUUGAGGCUAGGAAAUUGAGGGACAAAGCAAUUUGUAUUGGAACCGAGCUGUUAAGGCCUCGUAAAGUUGAGAAGUGGGUUGAUAAAGAGUUUGACAAUCUUGUUGUAUAUUAUAACAGAUAA